GGCCGCCUUCCUCUUCCUCUCCAACCACCAUCUCCUCCAUCGAUGUCCAUCACUAAGAUCCACGCUCGCCAGAUCUUUGACUCUCGCGGCAACCCGACCGUCGAGGUCGAUCUCUUCACCGAGAAAGGUCGCUUCCGUGCCUCCGUCCCCUCUGGUGCCUCUACGGGCGCUCACGAGGCCGUCGAGCUUCGCGACGGCGACAAGGCUAACUACGUUGGAAAGGGCGUCAAGAAGGCCGUCGAGAACGUCAACUCCAUCAUCGCGCCCGAGCUCAUCAAGUCCGGGCUCAAGGUCACCCACCAAAAGGAUAUUGACGACUUCUUGAUCAAGCUCGACGGCACGCCCAACAAAGGCAAGCUUGGCGCGAACGCGAUCCUUGGCGUCUCCAUCGCCGUCGCUGAUGCUGGUGCUGCGGAGAAGGGUGUCCCCCUCUACCAGCACCUCGCUGACCUUGCCGGCGUCAAGCCCCCCUUCGUCCUCCCCUGCCCUGCGUUCAACGUUAUCAACGGCGGCUCCCAUGCCGGCAACAAGCUCGCUUUCCAGGAGUUCAUGCUCCUGCCCACCGGUGCUACCAGUUUCACUGAGGCGAUGAAGAUCGGCACGGAGACUUACCACACCUUGAAGAAGGUCAUCAGCGCUAAGUACGGAAUCGAUGCCGUCAACGUCGGUGAUGAGGGAGGUUUCGCCCCCAACGUGUCGGGUGCCGAGGAGUCCCUCGAGCUUCUCUCCGAGGCCAUCAAGAAGGCUGGCUACGAGGGCAAGGUCAAGAUCGCUCUCGAUGUCGCCUCGUCCGAGUUCUACAAGGAGGGCAAGUACGACCUCGACUUCAAGAACCCGAACUCGGAUCCAUCCAAGUGGAUCACGGGUGUUGAGCUCGCCGACCUCUACCUCAGCUACAUCAAGAAGUACCCCAUCGUCUCGAUUGAGGACCCCUUCGAUCAGGAUGACUGGGAGGCGUGGACCCACUUCACCAAGCAGAGUGGGAUUCAGAUCGUCGGCGAUGACCUGACUGUCACGAAUCCCCUCCGCAUCAAGACCGCCAUCGAGAAGAAGGCUUGCAACGGUCUCCUGCUCAAGGUCAACCAGAUCGGUACCAUCUCCGAGUCGAUCCAGGCUGCACAACUCUCGCAGUCCGACGGCUGGGGUGUCAUGGUCUCGCACCGCAGCGGUGAGACCGAAAGCACCCUGAUUGCUGACUUGGUCGUCGCCCUCGGCACUGGCCAGAUCAAGACCGGUGCUCCUGCCAGGUCCGAGCGUGUCGCGAAGUACAACGCCCUCCUCCGCAUUGAGGAGGAGCUCGGCAGCGCCGCUACCUUUGCUGGUGACAAGGGCCUCUCAGCCGGUCUGACCCCGCCCGCGCUGCUCAAGAAGUGAAUGCAAAAAAUCACGGGACGUGAGGGGGACCCGAAAGUGAGAAGUUACCGAUCAUAGACAUUUACCCAAGUUGUGCUGUAUUCUGCAGAGAUCAUUGAAGAUGACACGUGUUGUGCAAUACAUGUAUGUGACACACGGGCGUUGUUUGAAAG